AACAUUUAUAAGGAGACGUGCGUCACUCCGUAAAACCACAUUUAACUGACUUGGUGAUGUUAUUUACACACAUUAUGAUGCACAUGGCUCUGCCCUGGUCCUAGAAUGCUGAGUGGGAAGUUGGCUACUACUACAGGAAGUAUCCAUAGGCCAAGAUGGACGCACUGUUGCUUGCCACUGAUUACUGGGAAGCCAUAAUGGCUUGAACGGCAAGACCUUCAUGCUUUUGAAGAAAUCAAGCACCGUGCGGACACUACGACGACAUGAGCCAUAACAACUAUUGGGGACAACAUGACCUGAGCAGUGUGCGCUUGCGUCUGCCCGGUGGCGACGUGGAACACAAUCUGACGGAGCUUCAGCAGCAACAAAUGGACAGAGAAUGCAACUCCAGCAUCUUAACACCUCAGCGUCCUUGCUACUCCGACUUGUACAACCUCCCCUUGGACAAGACCCUGCCACCUCAUGAAGGAGACCAGGUGGUUCCUUAUUCUUCUACCCAGCGAAGGACCAUGUUUUGGGACCAGCAGAGAGAAUCCAAACCUCUACCGCCACUACCUGACACGGAGGAGCUCAUGUCAGAUGAGGCGGCCGACAGUGAGGUGGAGUUUUUUACCAGCGAGCGACGACCCCUUUUGCCCAAGAACUGCCCUAAGGCCGUGUCCAGAAGCAGAGGUCGGGUAAACCCUGCCUACCGUGGUGGUUCACUACAGCCUGAGAGUGGCGCCUUGGCAUUCUCCUGGCCUGGAGGAGAGGACAGACAGGCUUUUAAAGGAGCCGAUGCCUGGCCCCCGAUUAUAUAUAGUAAACCUCCGGACUGUUCACCCACCGUCCCCCCCGAGAAGCCUCAAAUUCCUCCUCGCAUCCCAAUACUGCCAAAAACCUCAAAGACAACAGAUCCCGAGGAUAAGCCGCCCAAAAUCCCUCCGAGGGUCCCGUUAGUACCGCCCUGCCCGCCCCGCUCUCCGAGUCCCAAAAGCCUACCCAUCUACAUCAACGGUGUGAUGCCGGCCACGCAGAGUUUCGCCACUAACCCGCAAUAUGUGAGCAGGGCGCUGCUGAGCGACAGGACGCCACCCGCAGAGCAGCCCUCUUGCAUUGUUCCCAUUUUAAAGGAUGGCAGGCAGGCCAGCACCACACACUACAUUCUCCUUCCACCUCGCCAAAGGACUGACAGGCGGGGGCGACUCUUGACUGAACCUGCCAGGAUGGGAAACCAAUGGUAGAAGAGAUGAUUUUUUAAGGCAGUAUUUGCUACAGGUCAACCUGGAAAUCCUCUUAACAUUCCAGUGUUCUCUUCUCACUCGUUAGUGUUAGGUAGCUACCUUUAUGGGUCAUGAGGAACUUCCUGUUUUCCUUCAGGGACAGUAUUUCAUGACUGGGUAAUGCAGAGCUGAUAGUAGAAUAUAUGACCUAAUAUCCAUGUAGAAAUCAAGCUGGACUUGUGUCAGUCUCUGCAUUCCAUGUCCAAGUUUUCCAAGAAGAUGCUGCUUAAAAUCCUAAUUGUUUUUUUUUAUGUCAUGACUGAAUAUUGAGCAGUGCUCACUACACAAUGUAAAAAAAAAAAUUGCAGCUCUGCUUAUGUUCUGUUCUUUACUACAUGAUGGUGAUGUGGUUUAACAUCAUAUUAUUUUAUGGUAAGGAAAAUAAACCUGUAAAAUGACGUCACAAUAGACCACAUGACUAGAAGGCACAUUUUGUGCCUCAAAGUUUAGACUGAAAGUGUAAUCUUUGAAUGUUAAUUUCAUUCAGAUAAUUUCAUGUCCAGAAAACCUCAGUUUAAGUGUAUAGUGUGUUUCUGUAUGUAUGAAUGCUAUGGACAUGUUACAUUUCCUCUGAGGCUCAGUGCUGUUUACAACCGCUGUUACACUGACAACAUUGACAUUCUCCACAAGGUUCCACUUCAUCCACAGUGAACACUGGAAUUUCAGGAGCUUGUGGUCUUUGCUUCAAAAAUUAUCUAGAUGUAUUUAUAAAUAACUUAUUAAUUUUGUGUGUGAUUUGUGUGAAGUAUUCUUUUUAUUCCCUCCCCCACCCUGCAUCCAUAUUUCAU